AUGACAAUUCGGACCCAACAUCGUCGCAUCUCACCUCGAACUAAGCGUCGAUAUCGGGCCAUUAAAAACUUCUUUCGCAAGGCUAUAGGUACCCCGUCUCAGGCAAACACUUCCAAUAUCUCCGUGAGGGUGUCUGAGUUACAGAACACGAUCAUUGGAUUAGAAGAACAACUACACAAAGUCAGUAAACACUGUCGAGAUUUUUCAUGUCUAGAGCAGAAUAUUAGGAAAAAGUCACUAAAUCAAUCAGUUUGUCAAUGUUUACAAAAUGAGAGCAUCGAUCAUCCUGUAACAUCUGAUGGAAACAUAAGUCACGUGGAGACUCAGCUUAUUUAUAAGUCAUCAGAUCGAAAGUAUCAUAGAACAGAUGAGAGCAACACACUCAACACUCAGAGCCAAGAUGAUAAACACACGAUGUCGUCUUAUAAUCAGGGUCAAGCCCUGAAACCAAUUGAUACAAAUAAAAAGGAUGAUACAAAUACUUUUAUAGAACAUAACCGGAGACACCGUGAAAAGCGAAAACCACCAACAUCCAUUUAUUCUACUAGUAGUUUUCAUUCUUUGAUUGAGCCCAAGAAUAAACACUAUCAUAGGGCAGGCUGUUUAGAUAAUUACAAAGCGAAAGCUCCUCCCAUUGACCCCUUAACUGUUAGGGAAUGCAAAAGGGAUAAAAAUAAAAAAAAUUCAAAACUCCAAAAUAAAACACGCGGAAGCCAAGAAAAAGAUCAUAAAAGCAAACGAGAACAUGUUCAUCUGGACCAGGACUUCAUAACAGACAUCAUAAACAAACAAUACAGGCCUGUUAAGUUAUUUGGAAGACGGGACUCCGAUUUUAGUCAAUUUUCAGCACCUUUAUGUCGCGAUCAAGAGUUUAAAGUUCACGAUUACAUACAAGAGGACUGCGAGCUGUGCUCCUGCUGCUUUGAAGGACACAAACCAAGGCGACGCUGCCUCCGCGACACUGACUUUAGCGAUGCGAAAAGCAUAUGUGACACACGACUCUACAGUUCCAAAAGAAAUAGACGUUAUAAAUACAUGAGGGGAUGCGUAGAGGACUACAACAACGCGACUUACUAUGACGUUAUCCCCGUUAAAGAGAAACCAAGUCCGAAACCUCGAAGGAAAGUUGCUCGAGAUCCUAUUGCGCCAUAUGCAUAUAGUAAAGAAGUUCCACCGUCACCGAGAAGUCAUAAGCCACGUCUGAACUUAAAAGCACAAUAUCACUCAGGAAAUCUUGAAACUUAUGAUUAUGAAAACCGGCAUAGUCGCAGAAACUCCCCCACUCCUUCACAUCGUCGAGAGAUGAGAAAUGUCUAUGAGACGGAUGUUUCAUCAGAAUGUUGUCGACUUAAACGAUCGAAGGAAUAUAUGAGAAGUCCCAAACUACUGAAGCCGCAAGGAAUACAAGAAGACGUUGGAACAAUGAGUAGCUUACAAUAUAACAAUUUCGUUAAUGACCAAAAUACGUCCUGCAACGACACAACGGUAAAUACUCAAGUUACAAAUUCUGCAUCAGACAAAACUGACAAAGCGUUGAGUGAAAUUAAAGAUAUACUUCAAAACUUUCUGCUAGAAAUAAAGAAAGAAUCAGCUCAUGUUAGGAAUUCAGAUGUUUCCAAUAAAGUUGACGAAAGUUUCAACCGUCCCGACGACAAUCACAAAAUAAACUCUACUGAUCCAAACAGCGGGCACAGUUUCAAUAACUACAACACGGGACAAUGUACUGUUCCGCCCUUUGUACCCGCUUUUACAAAUCCAUGUUGCUAUCAAAUGAUGCCUCUCUGUCCUAUGAACUGCUUACAAAACGGAUACGUUCUGCCCAACCCUAGUUUCACAUGCAAUGUGUGUUCUAAAAACUCAAAACCAACUUGUAGUGAGAAAGACAUUGGUAAUAGACAAAACAAGUCGGAGGGCGUUACCUCAAGUUCUGAGACCCAACAACUUAUUAAGGAGAUAUACAAGUAUGUUUCACAAAACACGAAAUCACCUCGCAAUACAGAGCACUCCAAUGACAGAAGUAAUUCAAAAGCUGAUUGUCAAACAUUUGAAAAGAAAAUCUUAACAUCUAGAAGUGUGGGUGGAAGAUCUGUAGCCUCCCAUCACGACGCUAACGUAGGAACUCCUAACCUUAAGUGCUAUUCUAAAAGUUGCGAAGCGAUUGGAUGUAAAAUGAAUUCAGAUUCAUACAAUACUACUUCAGCGAGCUAUUCAGAUACAAUAUUAGAAAAACUAAGCUUAGAAGAAUCCGAUUCUUCCUCGGAGUCAGAUGAAAGUAGCGAUAUUCCGAGGCGCAAGGGUAAAAAAAGUAAACUUAGAAAAGUUUUUCAAUCGUUCAAACUAUUUAAGAAAAAACACAAAAAGGAUAUAAUCCAAGAGGAAAGUGAAACUGAAAGUAAGGAGGAAGAGGAAACCAAGCCACGGUCUCCUUACAGGCAGCACAUCACUAAUUACGCGAUGCACGGCCAAGAGUUUUUCCAUCCGCCUCCUAUGCCACAGCAACAUUGCUGUUCGCCUCAUCUUCACGAAGUUCCUUGCGCAGAAAGAUUCGACCCUACGUGUAACCCAUACAUGCAUCCUUCCGACAUUUAUAAUCAUCAAAGACACCACCAUACGAUUCCGCCCUGUUACCCUCAAUAUCCUACACCACAACAACCCAAAUGUGGCUCUCAUUGUAAUUACGCACCUCAAUCACAACCGCAAGUGCCGUUAUGUCUUAAAGAAGUCGAAGUUAAAAGUAUUGGAACCCAAAGUUUCAAAAGAAUAUCUUUCUUAGAGAAGCUCACGGCCAAGACUCAACCACCACCACAAUUAACGCCUCAACCGAUUAUAGCCCCACAGAAAGAGAAACCUAACUUCUGGAAAACUUUGCAAGAGAAAGCAAAACAAAACAAUCCCGAUCCUAUGGAGUUCUCUCUGAAAACUCAGAAACAACUUGCUCAAGGAGACUAUAAACUGCGCAAUACUCCAUCUCAGACUGAAGUAAAAGUGAUAUCGUGUAUUCCAAUAGAUGUUACAGAUUUACAAGAAAAGAUUAUUAGUUUAGAGAGACAGCUUCACGAGGCUAAAAAACAAAUCCAGGAGGAUGAACCAGUACCCGAGUCUGAAACCGAUAACGGAAAUGAAAUGGGUACGGAUAAAAAUGAGAAGAAUUCUGAUAACAAACAGAUUAAGGGCGACAAACAAGGACCUUCCACAGUUGUAAAUACUGCUUUUGUUAGUCAAUCAAGUACAGUAUCUUAUCUCAACAAAAAACCAGCUGGCAAAAUGAUGCAACAAAUUUUUGGAUACUGCGAAGAUCCAAGUUUGCGACAAGAAAAUCCUAUCGGCUGUUUAGAACCUGCACCAAACUCACAAGCUUGUGGAACUCAAGACAACCACAGUGAAGAAGUUGAAGAUACAAACAUAAAUACAAAGAGUGAUGCUUAUAAGAAAAUUUUUCAGCGCCGCAAAAAGAAACAAGUUUUGAGAAGCAACAGUAAUGUCAAAACUCAGUUUAUAUAUUACGCUCAGGGAAGUCCUGAAAAUCCUUUUCAUUUACAGGAUAAUAUACUGAUCAACAACGAUAAUAUGGACCCAAUAAAUCAAUUGAGUAAGUCAUACUUAAACAGCGUUCUUCGCAGACAAUAUGAUCCGAAAUUUGCUUUAGAGGAAUUCUCUGAUACCAGUCAGUUUUCAAAACCCUUCUGCAGAGAUGUGAAAGUAAAAAAUAAACUAAAUCAUCCAUAUCUCUACGAAUCAGAUGAGUGCUCGUGCUGUCGGGGAAAAUUUCAAAAUUUAGACAAAUUUAUAACAAAUUAUUUGACUUUUGACGCUCUAAAUACGAGUCCAUUUAAUCAAAGUCAUAACGACAAAACUUAUUAUGAUUCCAAUUUUUAUGACGUAGUACCAGUAAAGGACGAUGGUAAUAUAAAUAAAAAAACCGAUGUAUUACAUAAAAAGGAAUAUAAAAGGCGUCCCGAUACAAAAUGUUGGCCGGAGAAACAUCGCAAUAAAUGCAGAUAUCACCCUUUCAUUGUCAAAAGUUACAAAGAGAAUCUAGCGAAAGCGAUAAGUCACAGAAGAGAUGUUGACGAAGUCCGUGUGAAACGAGACCGAGCUAAGAAAAGAGAAAAACGCGCCAGUUGUCAAUGUUCAAGAAAUGGUUGUAUUGAAUGUAGUAAUGUUUAUACAAAACCGGAAAAUACCAAAAAUAUUAAGAUGCGAAAGUCUCAACCUGUAAGAAAAAUUUUGCUAAUAGACGAAAAAGUGGAAACCGAUAUAAAUAUAUUACUGAAAUGUAACAAUCAAAGCACUCAGUCGAAAGUUCUGCCUCUUGAAGAAGACAGAACGGAAUCAACACUGAAUCAAAUAAAAACGAUACUGCAAUCGGUUUUAGAAGAAGUCAAAACAAACAGCAACGUGAGCACUGUUCAGGAAAUAUCUAAAAAAGAUGCUAUCAUUCAGAAGGAAUCGUCUCAGAACAACUUGGAUAACUCUGCUAUUUUUAAUGACUUCACUACCAAAAAUUCUUGCAACGCUAAUUUAUACUUACCUUCGUGUUCACGGCAAAUGUCUCAAAGUCCGUAUUAUUUCCCUAGCGUCCCCUAUCAACAAACGAAAUGUCUACAAAACUUCCCAGUUUUCAUUCACCCAGCGUCGAGAAAACCUAUGUGCGGUUGUUACUACAGACAGAGCUCACACAAAACGUCUCAUCACAAGCAAGCCAUUACAACUACAGCUACAAACACCGAGAAGAAAAAUACUCCAAAAUCAUGUAGUAACGAAACUGAAAAACUCAUUAAGGAAAUUUAUAAGUCUGUGACUUUGAACAUGGACUAUCCAAUAAAAGAAAAUUCGAUAAGUGACUACGAAGAUCUCAAACCGAUCACAGUUGAUUCACUUCAAGAACGUAUCGAAGAAAAGAAUACCAACAAAGAAGAUGCCCCGCCUCGACGAGAUAUGGAAGUGGAAGCGCUGCUAUCACCACUGAUAUCAAACACAAAUGAGAGGAAAUAUGUAUACACGGCAACAAGUACGCAGUUCCAAAAUGAAAGAAUCGGCAGCAACUUGAGUGUAAGUUACACAACGGCGAGACAUGACAACCGUAACGGUACGGACGAUCACGGAGCUAUGAAGCAAAGCCACGCCACCCUCGACUACGAGGAAGAUGAAAGUGAUGAGUACAGCGAUGACACAGAGACUGAUGAGACUAUAGUUCCCAGUGGGAACAAACAGAACAAAUCGGAGAAAAGGGGCUUCAUACAGAGAAUGUUUAAUUCUGUCAAAUUAUUCAAAAAACGAAAAAAUGCUCAAACAAACGUCAGUCAAGUAGAGGUUACAGGAAACAGCGAUUCUGACGAAACACAAACAGUGUGCAGCGUCAGAACUAAAGGUAGGAAGAGGAACAUGGUUCAAAUGACGAGAGAACAGUACUCCAAACACGGGGGACCGAUAGGCCAGAAAUAUAGUCGACGCCGAGCGCCGUACUUGGAACAAGAGUAUAGAAGACAGUGGAAUGAAGAUCUCAUGUUCUACGAGCCACCUGAACGAUACCCAGCCGCCGAACACUACUCCAAGCCCUUCGCCUCGCAAGCACGUCCGAGCCCGGUGUUUUGGAGAAAUUAUGAAGCUAGAACAGCUCUCGUCGAUCAUGAUAUACAAAAUGUCAAUCAGAAGAUUGAGCAAGGGACGUCCUCGCCGACCUGCCAGGAGAGGGAAGACGACAAGACAAGCAAACUGGACUGGAUCAAACGACACAAGCUCGGCCUGCGCUGCGGAGAACAGUGGAAGAAGUUCAUCCUGGAAAAUUAA